AUGCAGACAGAUGAGUACAGACGUUCCUUUUUGUGUCCCCACAGCUGUCAACGGGACUUUCUGGACGUGUACAUCGACGUGGCAUCCGCGCGACCCCGCAACAUGGAGGACGCUGCCUAUAUGGCCUACUUGAAGACCCAGGACCAGCAGACCACGACGCCCUUCUCAGCCCUACUCUACUACUCCGUCCUUUCACGCUCGCGACUCUUGGGUCGCUAUUGCGGACGUAACCUUCACAGCGUUCCAGCACGCCUAGUGAGCAUCCAUCGUGAGAUUAUUCUCGACUUCCUCUCGGGACCGUACUCGGAGCUCGAUGAGGUCUCCUCCAGUCUUCUGAUGGGGGAGACCUUGGGCUUUAAUGGAACCUACAAGUUCAUUCCAGACGGUGAGUGA